UAGACUAUAAAUGAUAAACUACAGAUAAGCAACUAAUUCCACCUGGGAGUUUUUAGUUGGCAAGUAACGGCUUAACCUAAGCACCCUCUUCCUGACCGUCAGAUCAUCAUUAAACUCUUCUAAUUUAACUAAUAAAACCCUGACCCCUAUAUAGUCUCCAUUUUAACUCUUUUUUUUUUUUUUUUUCCCAAAAUUGUUCUUUCUUUGAUUUCUUUCACAAAUUUGCCUUCAACAAUCCCUGCGAGUCUUUUUUUCUUUUUUUUUUUAAUCAAAUUUGUCAAUCAUGAGAUUCAAGAAAGGUAGCAAAGUGGAAGUAUUAACCCGGAAGGAGGUUCCAACCGACGCAUGGCAUUGUGCCGAGAUCAUCUCUGGUAAUGGCCACACUUAUAGCGUGAAGUACGGUUGGUUUUCGAUCACUGGAGAGGCGGCGAAUGUGGAGAGAGUCCCUAGGAAAGCGAUUAGGCCUUGCCCUCCUCCUAUAAACGAGACCGAUGAUUGGGUUCCUGGCGACGUCAUGGAGGUUUUCGACGAGUUAUGUUGGAAACUGGCUGUGAUCGUUAAGGUUUCCGAAGGAAACAACUUUUUUGUGAGGAUUCUUGGAUCGAAUAGCGAACUCGAAGUACAUCGAUCUCGAUUGCGUGUUCGACAAUCUUGGGAAGAUGGCAAGUGGUUCGUUGUUGGAAAGGGUUCGUCAAAGUCCUUAUCGCCUAAGAGAAAAAUAUCGUUGCUUGGCUACUUGGAUGUUAGUGGACAUAAGAAGAGGGUAAUUAAAAAAGGUAUUGUUGGUGGUAAAAGGAUAAUAGUUCGACUUCCUUCACCAACUUCUAAAAAGGUAGAUGCAUUUGUCUCCCCAAACAAUGUACUGGGUGAAAGAUGUACGCCUUCUUCAUUUAGUAGAACUGAUGAUAUCGUGAGUCAUGCAUCAUCUGUUGGUAGCUGUAGUGGUUUAGGUAAUAAUGGUCUUAACUUGUCUCCUAGUUAUGUAACAAAAGGUUAUGAAAACUUAGAGGAUUAUUGUAGCGAUGCCGACUCUUAUUGUGAAAGGAGAUGUAGAAAAGAAGGAAGUUUUGGUUACACUAGUGGAGGAUCGGGAACGAAUUUCCACAGGUCAGAACUACAUGUCUAUCAGCAAGCUCUUGAGGCAUUGUAUAUGUCUGGGCCUUUGACAUGGGAAGAAGAAGCAAAGUGUUGGAUGGUUUAUGGAUUCUACUUGGAAUUGUAUGUACCUCCAGUUUUAGAUAUGUUUUUGCAUCUUUUGAUGAAUACCUCAUGGUCACUAUUGGAGGCAUCAAUACAUAGCUUCAAAAGCCAUGAUUGGGUUUAAGUUUGGCACCUCUUGGAGUUGACAACCUGGCAACAUCCAUGGUUUAUUCCCUAAAGAGUCCCUUAAACCAUACUUUUGGUAUGAAUAUUUUUUUAAAUCUUUUCAAAUUUUGAUUUUUCUUUUGAAAUAAUGGUAUAGGUCAUUAUAUCUGAUGUAGAUGCCGGUAAUCUAGAUAAUCUUAAAAGAUGCGUUUCAGUUUUAGUAUGUAAAUUGAUAGGUUGUUGCACUUAAAAAGUAUUCAAGUUUUAGUAGCCAUAAAUUUUGGUAUUUCUGGAUGACCAUAUCCAAAACAUUUUAGGCUGCAUAAUUGAUAAAUUGCUCUGAACCUUCCCUACUCUCUCUGCCGAAAGACUUCUUGUAUUAACUGUCUGAGUAGACAAGUUUAAUUUGUUGCCUUAAGCUACAUUCUAAUUGUACAAAAAAGUUGAUGUUGAACUAGUUGAAAUUGAUGUUUCCAUACCAUGAUCAAAUGGUGUUUUAUCUUCAUUGUUGGUUUGCUUGAUAUUACGAGAUGGGUAUUUUUGAGCCCCUUCAAGCAACUCCCAGUUUGAAAAUCAUCACCUGCCCAUGAAAAUUCUGUAAGAAAAAUUCUUUCAUUAUGUACUAUUAUUUAUUUUUCUUUUUUUAUGGAUUCUGUUUGAGAAAAGAUCAUUGUUAUGUUUAACGGGUUGGUUUUCCCUGAUUAUGUACAGUGCAUGAGAAUCCAUCAUGCAGGUAACUGCCUGCAUAAUUGAUAAAUUGCUCUGGACCUUCCCUACUCUCUCUGUAGAAAGACUUCUUGUAUUAACUGCCUGAGUAGACAAGUUUAAUUUGUUGCCUUAAGCUACAUUCUAAUUGUAUAAACAAGGUGUGUUGAGCUAGUUGAAAUUGAUGUUUCCAUGCCAUGAUCAAAUGGUGUUUUAACUUCAUUUUUGGUUGCUUGAUAUUAUGAGAUGGGUAUUUUUGAGCCCCUUCAAGCAACUCCCAGUUUGAAAAUCAUCACCUGCCCAUGAAAGUUCUGUAAGAAAAAUUCUGGCAUUAUGUACUAUUAUUUAUUUUUCUCUUUUUUAUGGAUUCUGUUUGAGAAAAGAUCAUUGUUGUGUUUAACGGGUUGGUUUUCCCUGAUUAUGUACAGUGCAUGAGAAUCCAUCAUGCAGGUAACAUGUUCUUUCCCUAAUCUUGAUCAGUGUUUGAUGCUUUGAGAGACUUUUUUUGAUUGAUGUUUGACUAGGAUAAUGUGUGUUAGAAAUUCGAAUAUUGGAUUCCUAUUUAUUGUUGUUACAUGCAGUAUGAGCUUCAGUUCAUGCCUUUCGGUACUAGUUAGAUUCCUCCCAAAUCCCAAUUGGUAAGUUCUGUUUCCUAGUAUUUGCUAUUUGCAUGGGUUAUUCCACUUGUUUGCACUCGUAAUAUAUCAUGGUUAACUGGCCUUCACUUUAGACACCUCCAUGUUUCUUGUCACAUAUGAAACUACAGAUCAUGAGGCAGAGACGGGUCUGUAGAGUAGCCCCAAUUCUUGUUCCUUUUGAAGUCAAAUUUCAAACCUAUACUCCUCUUGGUAUUGGUUUUUUGCAUAAUGCCAUUGUUUAAGUCGUAAUCUGGAACAUGAAUCCAAAUAUUUUAACAUAAUCAUUUCUUUAAUAGAAAAACAAAUUGAAUUUUAUUUUUCAAGGGCAAUCUCAUAACUCUUCUAGGAUUCCAAAGAAUGCCAAUUUCGUGGAGGGAAUGAUAAGGCAUUUUCGGGAAUUGUUUCAAGUGAAGUAUUGUUUAUUGAGCUUCUGUCAUGUAAAUAUUGUUAGUUUUUUGUUCACAAGUGUGAGAUUCAAAUGUUCGACAUUUUCCAUCACUUCAGCCCCUACAGUAAUUUCUUUCUCAAUUGUUGUUCUCUACCAUCUGUUUCGUCUAUAUCAACUUUUAAUGUUUUCAUGUUCACUGUGAUGUUUUUUUUCUAGAAACUUUCCACAAUUCUACUUUGGGAGAAAAGGAAUUUCUUUCGUUUCAUCUACAA